CUCUUUGGAUUGGUGCUAUCCUUCCCGAAACAGAGUGGUGUAUCUGCGUGAGUGAAACUGUCUGAACAGGUUGUUGUUUGAAUUUAGUAAAGUGUGUAGUCAUAUCUACGAAGGUGGUGUGUUGCAUGUGUGUUGUGUUAAUAGAAACGUUGUUGAGAACUGACAUACUUCGUGGUGUUUCGACAAGGCUUGCUUCCCGGACGAAGUCGUACCGAAAAUGUUCACUGUUUUCUUCGUCUGCAAAGAGUAAAUUACAUGGAAUAAUUAUUACCACUUCUGGAAAACUGCCAUUAUGUCAUCUGUGCUGUCCUUCUUGUGGCGCCACAAACGAAAAUUUCUGAUUGGAGGUGCCGUAAUUGGCAGUGCAGUAUUAGCAACCCGUUAUUGUGUACGUAGUAUUCUUAAUUUGCAGGAGGCCAAAGCAAGAGAGUUAAUAGAACAGUCAAAAAAGCGGCAGCACUUUGAAAAUACUGAACGCACCUGUACUGAGACAAUCAGUUCCUUAAUUUCAUCAUUUCAUGAUUCUGUCGAUCGCAUUCUGGACAGUCAAGGAAUUGUCAACAAGCUUAAAACUUCCCCAGCCAAUAAAAUUGAGUUGUGGGAAGAACUUAAAAUUUUAGUCUUUGCUCGAGUAUGUCUUAUUGUAUAUGGCGCCGUAAUAUUAAAUAUUAUUUUACGCGUGCAAAUAAAUGUGAUUGGAGGAUAUUUGUACCGAAGUGCAACGAACAAACUUGAGUUUCCUUUAUCCGGGAGCCUGCAAGAAGAGUAUUUGUCAUUGUGCCGAAAUUUCUUAAACAAUGGAAUGGAAGAACUUGGCAAGUUGAUAGUGCAGAAAGUGAAGGAUGUAGUCGGUCCAGUAAAUUUGGAUAAAAAAGUUGACGUUGAACAGAUACGGCGAUGGCUGUGGACUAUCCAAUCAGCUAUUGAGAUUGAGCGCAGUGAUCCAGUAUUAUGUCACCUGGGUUCAUCUUUAAAGACAACUCAGGAGGCAGAGGUUUUCCAAGAAAUGUUAAACGAUACAAUUGAUAUCAUAUCAAGUAGUGAUGUGCAUACACUUUCAUCAAAUCUAGUAUGGGAAGGAUUUCAAUAUAGUAUUGAAAGAAUCAGUGAAACCUUUGAACCAGUGACUCAGACGUCUUUCGGUAACAAAGGUUUUCAACAAUUAUUUGUCACUAAACCAAGGGUUGGGUUUUUUAAACCUAUGGCUAAUGCGCUCGCAAGUAUCAACAGUGUAACUCUAGCCCCAAGUUCCUCAGAUGCGUUUAACAGCUUCAUGCAUUUUCUUAUGAAUGAUGAGGGUCUGAAGAUUUUUGGAGCAAAUGUGUAUGAAGCAUUCUGUGAGCCAUAACUCCAUUUGCAUCUAAAGAGUGAGGUUUACAAAAUUAAGAAAAAGUGUUGUAGAUGCUGGAGUACAUAAAAUCAGAGAAACCAGUGACUGAGAAAUUCUUCGGUGACAAGGAGUGUUCAACACUCAUUACUUGCUAAAGCAAGUGUUGUUGCAUUUCAAAACCUAUGGCUAAAGUUCUGGCAAGUGUGAAUGGAGUAACUGUUGUCAAGUUCAGCAAAUGUGGAUGAAGCAUUCUGUGAGCCCCACACACAUUUUUCAUCUAGUCUUAUGUGAGAAUAUAAACUAGUGAGGUUUAUAGACUUCAGAAGAAAGUGUUAUAGAUGAGGAAGUACAUAAAAGGUUAGCGAAGAUUUAAAACAAAAAAUCAAAUAUGUACUUGCUUUAAACAUAUGAAUAAGAUAGCUAUAAGUUUUUUGUGUCAAAACAUGAAGUUCCUUGGGAAUGUAAUAGCUCCAUGUACGUGUCGUGAGGGUUGUGCGUGUGAGUUGCUGUAUAUGGGAUAUUUUUGGUCCUCUCUUACGAGAUAGCUGUGAUAAAUGAAGACAAUUUUUUUUUUUUUUGUUCAAUGUGUGAAUUGAUGUUAUCCUGGUCAAUAGCUACAAUAAGCACAGUGAGCCUAUUUUUAUUAAGGGAAGAAUUUGUUUGUAAGUGGAGAAAUUUGGAAGACAUGUAGGCUAGUGUACUUGUUUUUAUCUAAAUGUUAUUUACUUUGUAUGGAAAGUAAAGAUGGUCAAAAGAAAAUAUGCUAUUUAUUUCUGCAUUUCUAAGUACUGUGUGAGAUAGUCAUUUGUCAGGAGUGGGCAGAAAAGUGAUGGAAACUAAUUUUGUCUUAUUUAUUGUAUAAGUUAGAAGUAUUUGUGACAAAAUGCUGUGUAAGUUUUGCACCUAUAGCAAAGAAGAGUGAUGGUUUCUCACAUCCAAUUUGAAGAAUUACAUUUUUCAUAUGGCUAUGGUGAUAAUACUGCCAUUCUACCGUUUUCCUGUCGAGUUAAGAGACUGCAGAUAAAUUACAUGGUUGUUCAUAGGCCGGUAGUCCUUUGGUUGCCAACAUAGGUGCCGAAUAGUGAAAAUGGCCAGAGUUGUGUUGUUGAAGCCAUUUUCAUUUUUUUGAAAACACUUUUAAGUGCUACACCAUAAAACUGUUAUGAGUACUUGUUGAGAUCAAAACCUCCAAUUCCAGACAUUAAAUACAGACAGAUUAGAACAUGUGAGAGAAGGAAUUGUUUGGUAGUAGUAGAUAUUUGUAGAAGUGCAGCUGGUGUGAUCAGAUAGUUGUGGAGGUUUAUCUUAGAAGUUAUUUUGGUUUGUUGUAAAUAGAAGCAAAAUUGUUUUCUUGGCUGUCUAAGUUGAAAAGGUAUAGGAAGACACAUUUAAAUCCCCUCUGUAGGGUGGGUCCACUCGACCUGGAUCUGCAUUUGGGAUUUUGUACACUUAUACAUUUGCUAGAUGUGCAAGCAGAAAAUAUGGUUGUGGUAACAAAUUGACUGGUAGCAAAGCUCAAUGUUUACGUCUGUGCCAUUGUGAAAAAUGAAAGGCAGGGUCCAAUACAUAUCUAUUACCCUUAAUAUUAAAAGUUUUAUAAGUAACAGAGGAACAAUUUUGUGUUCAUUGUCCUCACUGUUAAGUUACUAGUAAAUUGGUCAUUUAGUGUCAAGCGACCUAAAUUUAAGUGAAGUCCCCAUUUCACCCUUUCCAAUUUUGAUGAAAUUUUUUUAGAAUGUAUGUAUGGGUCCUAAAUCAAACCAUACCAAAUUACAUGAAGACUAGUAUGGUGGGGCACUGACAGCCUUUGGAAAUUCAGAGGACACAUCCCAGUAGCAGUUAGGCUUGUGUUGGUGAAUUCUGAUGAAUGUACUUUCUCUGCUUAAUCUUCUGAUAGGAAUGAAUCUGACUCAUGGUUUCUUUUUUUUCUUCAAUGAAUUGGGCAUAUUUUCUGACUAGGUUUAACAUUGUUCUGUGUCAUAACUUUCACCUGAUAAGCUGCUCCCAAAGUAACGUCCCAUAAGCCCAUUUUCACAGAAUGAUUCUAUACCCCUGAGAGAUUGCAACAGAAUUUCUGUAGAUUUGACUGUUGUCAGCUGUAAUGCAAAACAAAUUCUACACUGCAUAUUAAUAUUUGGUUGAAUACUCGUCAAGCUAUAGUUUGAAUCUCGCUUCCACUUGACUCUUGUUUUCAAAUGUUAAAUGUAAAAUUGCUGAAUAUUUUCACCUUUAGUUGCAUGUACAUAGAUGAUGAAAAGUGUUGUGGUGAAUUCGAAACUAGCACAGAAACAACGUAAAUGAACAGAUACAUGUUUCUAAAAGUCAAAGGCUGUGUAAAUUAAUUAUUUCGAGAAAAAUGAAGACAACUGAUAAUGGAUUACACAUCAUUUUAAAAAGUGCAUAUUCCAAAAGUUCACUCAUUCUUCUCUCGUAAUAGAAGUCAGUGUGUUUUUUGACUUCUUUAUUAUUGUUGAACUGGUUUGUCCCAGAAAUGAAACAAGUAUCUGCCUAAAUGACAUAUCAGUGAUGACCUGUAAUUUUUCAGUUUGAACAUUUUGUUACCUAUCACCAAGCACUUAAGAAUGGUCAUCAAGUCAAUCAUGAUUGUAUAAAAUAAGUGAAUAGGAAUUUUCAAUUAAAUGUCAGAAAUUUAUUUU